CUCUCACUCUUUGGAACCCCCCCCCUCCGACUGCAGAUUGCAAAGCAUAACACCCCCUUUCUUUCUCUCUCUCUCUCUCUAAAGCACCAUGUUUGCAGAGUCUGGAUCCUCCAUACCUUCAAUCUGGUCCUCCAUGAACAGCUGGUUCACACCCACUGUUUUCUUCUUCCUCCUCAACAUCAUGAUUGGCACCAUUCUCUUCAUUUCAAGCUCAGCAAACCAAAAACACCCACAACAACAACAAAACCCAGACCACCCCAUACUACCCAAAUCCCCUUCGGUUCUUCAGCGCCUCAGGUCUAUCAACAACCUCUACACUUCCAGAUCUCAAGACUUCAGUCCAAACCAAAACCCAGAUUCAGAAUCCCCCAAAUCAGAGACCCAUCAAAAUUCGCAACAAACCCAUUUCGAAGAAGAUUAUUCCAGGAGUCUAGACCAGGUCUACCAUCAUCACGUGAACAGGACCAACUCCGACACCAACCCGGCCUCCGGCGGGUUGCCGGAGAAGCUUCCGGCGAAGAUUCGGAAGUCGGCGAGUGCGAAAUCGACUUUCGCGCACUUCGAGGAGGACGAAAUCGUGGAGGCUCGCCGUCCGGCGACGGUGAAGGAGGGUAGAGUCUCGACGGAGGCUGUAGAAGAUGAACAGGUUGAUGCGAAGGCUGAUGAUUUCAUCAACAGGUUCAAGCAACAGUUGAAGUUGCAGAGGCUGGACUCCAUUAUAAGGUACAAGGAUAUGAUCAGCAGAGGGGGUGGAAAGUAAAGUAUCUUCAUUUCCUGGGUUGUUUUUUGAUUUUUGUUUAGUUUUGGGGUUGAUUUGUUUUUUCCGAAAAGUAGAGGGGAGGUUGGAUUAGGGUAGAUGGACACGUGGGGGUCGUGUUGGAGGACUUUUAAUAGUGAAAUGACAAAUAUGCCAUUUGGUAUUCCUAAGUAUAGGAUUGUUUGUUGAUGGUCAUAUUGGUCAUUUUAUUUUUUGCAUGCCUGUAUGGUUAUGGAUAGAGGAGAGGAUAUGGGAAUAUGGUCCAAGAAGAUGCUAAUAAUAAUCAUCAGUGACAUGGUGGCUAGAAAAAUAUUUUCCAUUUA